CAAUACGUGUCGUAUAAAUGGUCGGUAAAUGUAUGAAUCUAAUGGUGAAACGCUGUAUCGUUCUUCAUAUGUAAAAUAUCUAUACAAACCAUGUCGAUGUUUUCUGCUUAGCGUUCGGACAAUAUUAUACUGCUCAUAUCAUUGAGGGAUCUAGGCGUAUUAUCGGGUUGCCUCGCGACAAGCAUCAAGAUGCCAGUGGACAGAAUGAGAAUGCGCCCCUGGUUGGAGCAACAGAUAGAGAGUGGACUAAUUCAGGGUCUUCAUUGGGUGAAUAAGUGGUUCAAAUUCGGUUGGAAAUUCAACCUUCCACACCCGGAAACUGCAGGAAAAGCAGCAGAGUACCGAUGCACAAUCUCAACCUGGUGCUAUUCGUUCUCAUCAGUAGGUGGUGCAAUGCAAUUGGGUGUUGAUCGCUGAAGACCAAAGCUACAGGAGAAAAAGAUAUUUCAGAUUCCUUGGAUGCAUGCAGCCAGACAUGGAUGGGAUUUGGAGAAGGAUGCCCCUUUAUUUAAGAACUGGGCCAUUCACACAGGAAAGUACCGUCCAGGUAUUGACAAACCAGACCCUAAAACAUGGAAGGCAAACUUUCGCUGUGCCAUGAAUUCUCUAACAGACAUUGAGGAGGUGAAGGAUAAAAGCAUGAAGAGAGGAAACAAUGCCUUUAGAAUGUACAGGAUACUUUCAGCAUCUGAAAAAGCUGUUAAGAAAGGGAGGAAAAAGAUGGAACUGGAGCAAAGAGUAAUACAAGUUUUUCAGAAACGGAAAGCAAACACUCCCAGAAAACUUAAAAUGAUGAAACAAUCCAGUCAAGAGGAAAUAAAGAAAGAAACUUUACCAGACAGCGCUGUACUAUUUGCUGAGCAGGAGAACUUUCCUAAAUCCAAAUCACUUGAGAGGAAGGAGGCUGUAGGUGAACAACCCGAAGUGUGUGCAGUUGUUGAGGUGGUAACGGAGAACAAUGAACCUGCUGUUAGCUCCUCUAAAGUGUCUUACCCCAUCCAGGACUCCCAUGUUUCAUACCACAGUGAGAGUGACUCUGAGAGCACAUACAGUGAUGAAGACUUGGUACAGCUGCCUCAGGACUUGUCCUUAAAUGCUUCACAGAGAUCAUCAUGCAGUUCUGUGUUAAGGAUCCCACCUUCAGCUCAGUCCUCAUUUAUCACAUCAGGGAAAAUAAAUUUCAGAGUGACCAGCUGCAGAGAAAACUCACCCCUUAUAGCCUAUAACACUGCUCCAUGGUUUCCCUUGCUGCUUGGGUUCCAAAAUGUCACCGAUGUACGACUCUCAACCCCAGACCCCACACCAGAGCUCACCAGCAGCCCAACUUCUCGGGCAAACAUGAUAGCUAAAGCUAUGGACCUCUCCGUUUCAUCACGCAAAGCUUUAUAAUACAGAGACUUGAAGUUCGCAGAAUGCUGCUAUUCAGCUGAUAAGAUACCCUACCUGAAAUGUUUGAAGGGAUAGUUCACUCAAAAAUUGUGUCAUUAUUUACUAACUUGUUUUGUUCAAAAACCCAUAUGACCUUUUUCUCACUUGCAAUUCAAAAUGAGACAUUAGAGACAUCCGCUUUCAUUGUAUGGACAAAAAUCACAAUCAACAUCGUUCAAAAUGUCUUAAUUGUUCCAUGAAAGAAAGUCACAUGGUCUUGGAACAACAUGAGGAUGACUAAAUGACAGCACAAUUUUUAUUUUUGGGUGAACUUAUCCUUUUUAAACAGUUAUUCUCAGCUUUACAAACCAAAUGGAGAGUUUCAAGCAUGCUAAAUCAGUUUGACUAGAACACAGUUUUUCUUGAAAUGUGUGGAUAUUUCUGAAAUAAUGUAAAUUGCAGAACACUACCUCAUUAUCUAAUGAUAGGUAACUUGAACUACUUCAGAUUGAAGGUGAAAAUUCAACUUUGAUCACAGAACUUAAUGUCAUGGUAAGCUAUUGAUAAUGCCUCAUACAGUGUUGGGAGAAGAACAAAGUGCAUAUUAAGUGUAGAAACACGAAUAUAGUCAAACAUGAUGUGUUUGACACUUGUUGAAAGAAUUGAGGGGUCCAAAACAGAUGAAACGGCACAAAAUAAAAUGGCAUCAAAAACUUUAAAUUAAAUAGAACAGUAUCUAGGGAUUUUUUAGGAAGAUAUGCAAUGUUUUUACAGGCUGUAGCACAGUUUUGAAAGCGUUUUUGAUUGAAGUUUUCAUGUGCAUUUUCAUAUGAUGUAGAGCAGUUCAGUCAUGACAUCAAUUUGUUCACUAUGGGCUCCCUCUGGAAUUCGUAGGGGGUUGUAUUUUAUACACAUUGAAAAAUUUGAUAAACAUUACUUGAAGAGACUUUCACAUUUUGUUUUACCUGAAUUACACGGUAUGACUGUGUAUACAUGUACUUGUACUGUUGUAGAACAAAGCUUGAAAAUCUAUUCAAGCAAUAUUAACUACAGACCUUGUUUUACUCCUAAACCGAAAACGGCUAUUAAAGAGAGAGUUCACCCAAAAAUGAAAAUUCUCAUAUCAUUUACUCACCCUCAUGUCAUUCCAGAUGUGUGCGACAUUGUUCAGAAGAAGAAAGUCUUAAGAAGAAUAUUUAAGCUCUGUUGGUCCAUACAAUGCAAGUGAAUGGGUGCCAAAAAUCACAUAAAGGCAGCAAAAAGGUAAUCCAUAAGAUUCCAGUGGUUAAAUCCAUAUCUUCUUAAGUGAUGUGAUAGGUGUGGGUGAGAAACAGAACAAUAUAUAAGUCCUUUUGUUUUUGGUGAUUUGUAUUCUUUGUGCAUAUUGCCCCCUACUGAGCAGGAAGGAGAAUUUAUGGUAAAAACGGCCUUAAAUAUUGACCCGUUUCUCAUCCAUUCCCACAUCAUAUCAUUUCAGAAUCUUAUGGAUUACUUUUAUGCUGUGUUUAUAUGCAUUUUGAAGCUUCAGAAAAUUGUAUUGUGAGGACCUGCAGAGCUGAAAUAUUCUUCUAAAAUCUUUUGUGUUCUACAGAAGAAAGUCAUACACAUCUGGGUUGGCAUGAUGGGGAGUAAAUUAGUGAAUAUUCAUUUUUGGGUGAACUAUCCAUUUAAACCCCAUUGUAAAUUCCAGAGGAAACCUGUAGCUCAAAAAUGCAAAUUAUAUUCCUGGUUUAUGGAGCUCUACAGUCACUUAUGGAAUUACUUUUUGGUAUUAGUGUUUAUGAAUUUGAUGUUUUUCACUACAUUGCAAUAGUGUUAUUGAAUCUGGAGACAGUGUUACAGUAUUUUAACUGCUACUUUAGGAUCAGUUCUCCAAUAU